GGCCAGGGAACGCCAGGGAGCCCUGUGGCCGUCGCUAUCGCGGAGCCCAAGCUAACGAAGCUGGAGGGAGGCCAUGGCGUCCAGCAGUAACUGGUUGUCCGGGGUGAACGUGGUGCUGGUGAUGGCCUACGGGAGCUUGGGCCCCCUCUCCGAUUUCCCCCCUAGGUAUUUGUGCUGUUAUUCAUUUUUGUGAAGAGGCAGAUAAUGCGUUUUGCUAUGAAGUCUCGAAGAGGCCCUCAUGUCCCUGUGGGGCACAACGCUCCUAAGGAUCUGAAGGAAGAGAUUGACAUCCGACUGUCCAAGGUCCAGGAUGUAAAGUAUGAACCUAAGCUUCUUGAAGAGGAUGAUGCCAGACUUUUACAGCUGGAGACACCAGGAAAUCAACAUUGCUACAACUACCUGUACAGAAUGAAAGCAUUGGAUGCCAUUCGUGCCUCUGGUAAGAGUCAGUCAGAGAUUCCUUUCCAUUCAGAAGGCCGGCAUCCUCGUUCCUUGAUGGGCAAGAAUUUCCGAUCAUAUCUGCUGGAGCUUCGAAACACAAGUACUCCCUUCAAGGGUGUCCGAAAGGCCCUCAUUGAUACCCUGUUAGAUGGUUAUGAGACAGCUCGAUAUGGAACUGGAGUCUUUGGCCAGACGGAAUAUCUACAUUAUCAGGAAGCACUGAGUGAACUGGCUGCCGCUGUCAAAGCCCGUGGUGGAAACUCCCAGCGGCAGCACCAAUCAGCAGCUAAGGAUCUAACACAAUCUCCUGAAGUUUCCUCCCCGACAACUAUCCAGGUCACCUAUCUGCCGUCCAGUCAGAAGAGUAAAAGAGCCAAGCACUUCCUAGAGCUGAAGAGUUUUAAGGAUAACUACAACACACUAGAGAGCACCCUUUGACUGAAUUUGAGGAGAGCCAUAGCUAAUGUGGCUCCAAUAAGAGAAUCCAGUCUCAGUACCCAGGGAUUUCUCCAGGGCAGCAGACAGAGCAGCACUGGACAGCAUUGAUACCAGUAGGCCCAGAAUUCCUGCAAUGUAUGCCUAGAGAUCCUUCUUUAGCUUUUUCCUCUGGUCUGCUGUAGAACUACACAUUAGAGGCAAUCUUUUCCCCCUCCAUUAGCAUUUUUAUGGAUUUGAAUCCACAUAUUUUCCCUGUCUAUGUCACUUUCUCCUUACCCCAACUUGUUUUUGAUCAUGGUUAUUUUUUGCUCUCCUAAAGUCAGUUUUACUCUAAAUGGGUUGGGGUGGGGGAGGACACAUGAUGGUAGAAAUGGAAACCACAGAGCCCCUAUCUUACACAGUUGGAUGGGGACUCCAGCCCAUGGACAUGUCACUUAAAGUUAUGGAAUGAUAAGGGCAGGAGGAACUAGGGUGUUGUACUUAAACCAAACCCUGUUGAGAUUUGUAUUGUGUUUAGUGCACUGCCUUGACCUUUUCGAAUACUAUAGAUCAAGGCGAGUGACUAUGGGGAACUGUUGUGAUAUAGGCACUAAUUCCUUAUUCCCCCAAUAAGUCACUACAUUGGUCUCACUUUAUAAACUGGUUAUUUAAUAAAACAGCUAUAAAAAUAA